AUGGGACGAAUUAUUCGUGGCCGUGGGGGUGUUGGGACAGGCGAGGCCACAAAAAGUGUAAUCUCCGUCCGCCCAUGCGUCCAGAUCCUUCGUGCCUUCAUCCUCCCUUUGAGCCCUUCAGCAUCGGCCACCAUUCAUUGUACCGCCUCGCAUCAUGGCGCUUAUGAGCCAACAGAAACAAGGCAAUCGCAUUCGGCCACAAUUAGCAUUGUCCGACAGCUCGGUUGUCGAGCCAAAGUGAUUCAUGGCGGUGCAGUCAUUCUGGUCAGUCACGGCAUAAACAUGCGGCGUUUCGACUCAAGGGGGUCAUCUCCUGUUAACGCUGAUGCCUGA